AUGAAUGUCCCGGUGCAUGAGAGCGAAGAGAUCACUCCACCUUCCAGCCUUCGUGGCCCUCCUCUGACCCCCCCUCCUACAGACGAAAAGGAGGCGCGUGAUACGAGAGACAUCCUUCGACGAGUCGCGGAGCAUAAGCCUGGUAGCGCGGUGUCCACCAUACACAAGGUCGACAAGGACUCUUGGGCUGCCGUGAGUCCCUUUUUGCGGCAGAAGGAUAAGCUGCGGAUCGACUAUCUUCCUUCUGCUCAGUGCAUUGUCUGUCGUAUGCCCACGAAGGUGCACGAGCAAUUCUCACGCAGCUUGAGUGGACGUAUCGUGGAGCAGCUGCGUCUACUCUCUCAGGGCUCCGGAUCAGCUGCAGAUUUUGCAAAAGGUAUCAGAGAUGUCGGGUCGGCAACGAUAAGGCCCCGAGAUCCAGAGUACGGGACACACGAUCCAGACAGUUCGUUUCAACACCUGAAUUCGCCGAUGCCGACAGUAAUCAUCGAGGUUGCUCAUUCCCAGAAUGGACGCAGAUUGAGGACCCUCGCUGAAGAAUAUCUUCUGGGUUCUGAUCUUGCCAUUCGAGUCGUUGUCGGAAUUGACAUCGAGUACAGCAAGAGUAAAAGGGCUGCGUUCUCUGUCUGGCGGGCAGAAUUGCAAGGCCCGGAAGGUGACAAAGCUUGGGUCGUUGAGCCUACAGUAGCGGACCAGAUAUUUCGGAACGAUGACGGCGAGCCGCAUAGCGAUCAGAAAGCCGGUUUGAAUCUCCGCCUCGAAGACUUCGCAGAUGAGAGAACAUGCCGAACUUUUGAAGACAUCGACGAAGACAUCUCCGUGUCUUCUAACGAGCUAUACCAGUAUCUUGAAGACGCGGAGGCCAUUGCGAAGAUGGCCGAUUCAACGCAGACGGAACGAAACCCACGGAUAAAGAAGCGUCGUCGGACACAGACACCCGAGGAGCAACUUGACGACUGCGACGAAGAUGCCUAUGCUAAGGACGAAGAACACGUCUCCAAACGGCGGGAUUUGGAUGACGCUUCCUACAAAAGAAGCUCUUCAGAGUACACAUAG